CCAGACCAGACCCAGACCCAGACCAGAUCCUGACCCCGUAGUGUUCAGCCUUCAGCAGCGAAAUUCAAGACUCGGGGACAGCGGAGGGUUAAAUAUCAAUAGGAAUCAGUGAACCUGACCCUCCGCAAUGCCUUGGGCUUUGCUACAGCGCCUGAGCUUUAACGUCGCGAGUCUCUGAGUGGAAUUCUCUUCUCCACAGAACGGGACCUGACACCGCCCUGAGACCGUCUCCCGAUCCCACACACAGUCAAACCCCUCUCUACGCCCACUCGCUCUGCCGUUCCAUCACCAUGACUGCUUCCGACCUGACUGCCAUCGCGGACUUCCUGGAGGAGCUGAACAUGACGAUGAACGAGAGUUUCUGCCUGCCGAACUCCUCGGAGUGUGUGAGCUGGGAAAUCUUCCACUGCCCUUACGCCUUCGAUAAGAACGCGAUCCUCUACACCAUGUCUUUCUUCUAUGCCUUGAUCUUCAUUGUGGGGCUGGUGGCCAAUGUGGUGGUGGUCUACGUGAACCUGAAGACCAAGAGGACUCAGUAUGAAACCCACCUGUACAUCCUGAACCUGGCGAUUGCGGACUUGUGCAUGGUGGCCACAUUGCCUAUCUGGCUACCUUCGCUGGUCCAGCACGGCAGCUGGCCCUUCGGUGAGUUCAUGUGCCGGCUCACCCACCUGGUCUUCAGUGUCAACCUCUUCGGCAGUAUCUUCUUCCUGACCUGCAUGAGCGUGGACCGGUACAUCUCGGUGGUGCGGGUCGGCGAGUCUGUCGACCGCAGGAAGGGGGUGAUUCGCAAGAUCAUCAUCGUGUACGUCUGGAUCUUUGCCCUCGUGGUAUCCUUCCCAGACAUCCUCUUCCUGAAGACGGUCACCCUCCCUUCCAAUGGCGAGACCUACUGCUACCCGUCCUACCCGGAGGAAAACUUCCGAAAGUGGAUGGCUGGGAUGGAGAUGGUCUACAUCAUCAUAGGUUUUGUCAUUCCAUUCCCUAUCAUUACUGUCUCCUAUUUCCUCCUUGCGAGAGCCAUCUCCAGCACGAGCGACCAAGAGAACAAAAACAGCCGUAAUAUAAUAUUUGUCUAUGUGAUUAUUUUCCUUAUCUGCUGGCUGCCCUACCACACAGUCUUGUUCAUCGAUGUGCUUUGGUUCAUGAACCUCAUCUCCUUCAGUUGUGAGCUGGAGAGCUUCAUGUACAUUUCUCUCCACCUGACCCAAUGCUUCUCUAUGGUCCAUUGCUGUGCUAACCCCAUCCUCUACAGCUUCAUCAACAAAAACUAUAGGUACCGGCUCAUGAACGCAUUCACCGUCAAAUACACGGCCAAAACCAGCAUCACCAAACUCAAGGAGACCACGGAGACAGAGUGCUCCUUGGUGGAGGCGGUGUCUGAGAUGACUGCUUUUGAGUAAGAGCCUAUCCUUCGCAACAUGCUUGGGCAAUGAAUGACUUCCAGGAGCAUAGGAAGAGGAACCGUUCAGCUCCUCAAACCUGUUUGGCCAUUCUACUAGAUCAUGGCUGAUCUGUCCCUCAACUCUGUUUGCCCGCCUUUGCUACAUAUCCCUUGAUACCAUUAGCUAACAAAAAUCUAUCCA